CGCCCACCGGAGCGAAGACAAAAACAAUCGGCAUCCUUCAUACAGUAAAACACAAAGUGGAGGACCCUAAACUGAAUUUUUAUACUUAAUACCUUUGUCAUCGACACAGACACCGCCGAAGAAAAACAUGGUUUCUCCGGUAACAGUGGUAAAGAGUGAAGGCCCAAAGCUGGUGCCAUUCUUCAAAGCAACCUGUGUGUAUUUUGUGCUGUGGCUGCCCACCUCAAGCCCAUCCUGGUUCAGCGCAUUGAUCAAAUGUCUACCCAUCUUCUGCCUAUGGAUGUUUUUACUGGCACAUGGUUUCAACUUCCUAGGUGCUAGCUCCAAUGCUCGCAAAAUCUUUGCUGGCCUCGUCUUUUCUGCUCUAGGUGAUGCCUUCCUCAUCUGGCAGGAGCAGGGCUACUUCGUCCACGGCCUUCUGAUGUUUGCCAUCACCCACAUCCUCUACUCCUCGGCCUUCGGGAUGAAGCCCAUUAAUGUGACUGCUGGCUUGGUGGUCACUGCUGUGUCUUCAGUGAGCUACAUGCUGCUGUACCCAUACCUGUCGGGCCCUUUCACCUACCUGGUCGCCGUCUAUAUUGGUCUAAUCGGCUUCAUGGGCUGGAGGGCAGUUGCCGGCCUGCAGCUGGCCAACGACCUGUGGACCUGGACCAAGCUGUGCGCCUGCCUUGGCGCCGUGCUCUUCAUGGUCUCCGACCUCACCAUCGCCGUCAACAAGUUCUGCUUCCCUGUUCCCCAUUCGCGCGCCAUCAUCAUGGCCACAUACUACGCAGCCCAGAUGCUGAUUUCGCUUUCUGUAGUCGAGUGCCAGGACGCGGGGACAGCUAGGAAGAGGGCAUGAGGUGCCGUGAGGCUGGGAAGGUAGCAGCCGCCCCUCCUCUCCUCCAACCCUGAGUGAUCAUGGACACAUCUCAUUGCCAGAUCCCUGGCCCUCAACCCUCAUCUCUGUGUGGUGCUCCCACACGGAUGUUACCAUGAUAACAGGUUAAUUAGAUUUUUAACGUAGCUAUCCCCCUCCUGUCCCUCUAGUACAGUAGUCUCACACCUGUCGAAGAUCAAGUAGGAUUAUCUUUUGCCUCUCAGUCCAUCUCCCACCCUAGAAUGGCUGUCUCACAAUUUAGUAACCCUGGAGACAAGAGUAGUGUUAUUUACCUGCUAUAUAUAGAGAGAGUAUUACUUUACUUUUAACGAUGUGUUUUUUAAUUUAAGGGGAGCAUGUCUCUUGGGACCUUCAAGGAGUGUGUGGGAGAGUGAUUGUGUGUGAGUGCAUUUAUGUAUGUUUGAUUAACACGCCUACCUCCCUUUCCACACAGUCCCCUCACACAGAGUCACCACACUGACCCCCACCACGCACAUUUACUUCAUAUGGUCCAAUAACACAAUUUAAAGUGACAAUAGACGACUUUCCCGCGAUCAAUGACACAAUCAAUUUAAUUCAAAUAAAUGCAAUGACUUGGUCAAUAUGACAAUAAGCCUGCUGACUCUUAGCAACUUUUGUAACUAGAGCGGCUGGCUACUUUUAUAAGAAAAUAGUUGAAAUCAAGCCUUAAUUUUCCCAAGGCAGACAGAAAUGCAGAGAGAAAGCGAGGCUGAUAGGAAACCAAUCUUUUAAUCCAUAAUGAUCAGUUAAAAAACGUGUCUAUUGCCACUUUAACAUCUUAUUUUUCUAAUUGUUUUGUGUUGCCUGCCUGAAACCUUGUUAAAAAGGGAUUUCUUUUUUAACUUACUGACUUUCCCUCUUUAUUAUUUGUGUCUUGAAUAAAGGGUGCUAUUCUUAAAAGCAGGAGUAUAUUCACACCUGCUUUCUUACCUGAGUCCUGAGUCAUUUAAAAGAAUCACAAGGCCUUGUUCACCCCCCUUAUAAACAUCCUCAACAAACCCUGAUCCAGUCUCUGGAUAAUUGAAUUAGGUUGUCAUUAAAUAACGUGAAAAAUACGCAAUGAACGGCACACACUUUGUUGACUGCAAUAACUGCUGUGUAUUGUAGUUUUAGUGAUCAAGAACCAUGGAGGUUGGUUGUUGAAGCUCGAUUCUUCCUACAGGGAUGUUACAAUACCUAAAUAGUAUAGUCCCAGCACAUCCCUGUACACAUUUUAACAUGCCGUACAGUGCAACUGCUUCUCCUUCUGGUACUUAGUCAUUAAGGAGAGUGUUUUUAUAAAUAGGUGAAAAACGUUGACAUGCUCACACACCUGACACUUAGGACACCUGCUGCUUCUGUUAUUAGGAAAAGUCCACAGGGUUCUCAAAGCUGGACUAGAUCAGCCGACCCAUGCUGUCAUUGGCCUGGGACCAUGUUAAACAGACUAAAAAGAAAGGGUUAAUUACUGGCUUGAAUACUUUUGUUUAUACACUUCUGUGUAUAUCUGGGCCUCGGGAAGACACGCACAAAUACAUACACAUUGCCCCAGGGCAGCCUGAGUGAAAAAACAGGAGAUGAGGGAACUGGCUUGUCAUGUGAGGGAACAGUUAUCCCAUUAUGCCCAAUAAUUCCUUUUCAAAGGACAUUUCAUCAGCUUUAAUCCCGCAAAUCCACCAUGGCUAAUCCCCCAGCUGAUAUUUUGUCUUUCAUCUAUCACACACUUCCCGCUCUCACCUUUCAUUUGUUUCACCCUCUGCCACCACUAUAUGCCACAAUGAAGUGUCUUACGGAAAUAUUGAAAAAGAAUACUCUUAGCCCUUCCUCAUACGUCUGCCUAUAUGCAUGUUUGAGUGUGUGAGUAUGUUUUGAAAGUGUGUGUAGCCCUUGACUUGGCUGUUGAGUGAACAAGGGUGUAGAUGUGACAAGUCAGAAAAAAAGUAAAUGCCAUACAUUCUGUGAACCUUCAUAGCUUAUGUGGAGUAGUAGACACGCUAUUAGAUAUAUUUAAUGUAUUCUUACAAGGUUUUUAAACCGUGUUUAUUGCUCAAACUCACAUGUGUUUUACAGCAUCCCAAAAUGUGUUCUCAUUUAAAAAUAACUUUAAGGUACAGUAUAUUGGGUACAGUAUAUUGAAACUGUAACUAAAUGUUAUCUUUUAGUCUAUUUCAAGCUUUCUAGUAAGCAUUUCCAUUGCUGUACAAGCCUUGUUUUUAUUAUACCCCCGUUACCUAAUGUACAACACUGGGAUUAUAAUUAUUACCACUAACAGAUUGGAUACUGGAAAGAAAUCAAUGUUAUCACAAAUGUAUGCCAACAAUUGAAGUAUUGAUCACAACAUCAUCCAAAAAAAGACUUUAAAAAUGUUUUAUGGUUUGGCCCUCAUGCACUUUAAUGUGAUAUAUUGAGUUGUAUAUAAAACCAACAGCUAUGGAAACGAAGCAGACCCAUGUUAUGGGUUCCUUUUACUCGGUCAAUGACCCCUGGAGCUGUCAGUAACACACCCUAAUAGGCACCCCCCCCCCCACACACACACACACACACACAAACACACAAACACAUACACACACACACACACACACACAAACACACACACACACACACACACACACACACACACACACACACACACACACACACACACACACACACACAUCAAAACAUGUUUAUACGUCACAUCAGCCACCAUGACAGAUCUGCAGGCAGACCAUGGUGUUGACACUCAUCAUUUUUUAAACAAAAGUCUGACCAGGAGACACUCUCAGCUCAAGCUUCUAUUCCUAGCAGACCCUUUGCCCAAUAUUUCCUCAAUCUCCUUUUGGCCUGUCAGCAUGCUGGUCAGCAGCAUAUUUCUGCUUUGUCAGUAAGAAAGGUUUCGUCAGGGUGUCUGAGUGACAAACCGUCUUCUGCCCCGUGUUUUAAUUUGUAGUCCAAACGCCUCCUCUGCUGUACUCUGUCUUCUCAUCUCAUAUCAAAUACCCUGCAGAAUUUUCUGUCCACCAUUAAUGUAAGCCUUUGUGCGGAAAGACACCUAGAGAGUCUUGCUAUCUGAAAUGUCUGCUGUAUGAUGUCAUAAAUCUGGGUUUAAUGGAGUAGAAGCAGAAAUGCUGAUUAACAUGAUUGACUAUCUUGUUAUGCAUCCUGAAUUAAGACCAUGAGGGAAUAACUUAAUUCAGUUGAGCUGUCUUUGUGGGAAGUUUAUGUAAGCACCACUUUCUUUGUCUUCUGCUACAUAAAUCCCCCUCACCUUUCUUCCUAAUGGCUUCAUGCCAGAACACAUGCUUUAUAUUGAAGUAUUUGUGAUACUGUUGUUAUCGGCCAAACUGCAAUCUGGAAAAUCUCCAAGAGUUGAGUUGAGUUAGACUGUUAAGCAAAAACUCAAAUAUUGAAGCAGCAAGUUGCCAGUUAUUAUGCCCGUCUGACGGCUUUAGUAUGAAUUAAUUUCAGUUUUUAUUUGAUUUAGGCAAAAGAAGAACCACAGCUGAAAGCACAAAAGGAAAGGUUUUAUUGAGUGGAUCUCAGCAUUAGGAGCUUCUCAUGUAUCAAGCAACCUUUUGUUCUGCGGGAGGCAUAGUCCCCUUGUUGGUGCUGGAGCUCACUUUGUCCCCCGCUUAGGAAGGAGGUCGUUGUUCGGCGAUACUGUAGCUGUAAAUUAAACGAGGAGGUGAAAUAUGACACACAGGGGAAGACUCCCCUUGCAUCCGGAUUGUUAGCUGCCAUCCUGUCUCCACAAAUGGCAGGCCAGGAGGCGCAUCACUUUACCUCAGCCUGUCAACAGCCCUGUUGUUCUGAGCUUUGUGUGGCAGACAAAAGGGACCUGAAAGAGCUGUGGAAGGCCAGUAUGGUUUGGCCUGUGUGUGAGUGAGGAGCUGAAACCAGUAGCUGAUGUAGUAAAGAGGGCCCACAGUUUCACUCAGUCCUGUGAUUAAAAGUUUACUCUCUUUUUCUUUUUACUGCUGUUUCUCGUGAAUUAAAGCUUUGCUGUUUAAGUGCUGUGUCCAUUAUUAUGCAACGGCGGGUGACUUUCAAAACAUAGUAUUGUGAAGUGUGUUUAUCUUUACACACGCAUGACAACCAGGAAGAGAUAAAUCCUCCAUGACGUCCAGAGUGAUGACUGUACACUACGACUGACAGUCCUCCAACAUCAGUAUAGAUUGAUACUAUUAAUAGUGUGUUAAAUUAAUGCAAUUCCCUUAUUGUGAUAUUAAUCUGAAUUUACUAUGGUGCAGCACAUUUCUGAGUACGGCCAGAAAGUCUCUCUUUAAGAAGGGUUUCAAACAAAAGGAUUGUUAUGUACUGUAUCCUCCAAAGUAUAUGCUAUUUUUGUUCCUUGAACUCUUUGCAUUUCUGUCUUAAAUAGAGACAAUAAAGUUACUGUUAUGAUUGUUUAAGCACAAGAAAGUGACGUAGUGACACAUGAGAGAAUCAGCAUUUUUCUUUAAAAGGCAUUAACUGCUCUUAAAGUGUUACAAACAGUUUUUUUUUAAAAAAGUGUUUCCCUUUUAAUUGAAGCGUAAAAGCCCCAAAUGUUAUAUUUUGUUCAUGUGGAAAGAGCUGGGUUUGUUUUCCACAAAAAAACGUGUUUUUCAUUGGAGACCCUUUUACAAUGCAUCAUGAGACAUCAUUUUAUGAACAAAUGUUUUUAUUAUUAUUAUUAUAUUAUUAUCUUCUACCAUAGAAUUGACCUUUAUUGUCCUUGAUUUUCACUAUGUGAUUUCUUUCUUUUUGAGCGUAGAGAUGAAAUAGUGUUGUUGCUGUAGUGAAACUGCUAUGAAUGUGAAUAUCUAUUGGAAAAAUAAAUGCAAUUACAAUGCAACUUCA